UAAAAUUAAAUUAAAGAAAAAGAUAUACACAGUAAUCAAAUUUGGGAAUAUCGAAUUAUAGAAAAUUAUAGAUAAAUUAAAGUUUUAUUCAAAUUAAUAAUGGCAACUUUAGAAGAUAAAUUGAUGGGUGAAAAAUUGGAGUACUACUGUAGCAGUAGUGAAGGCGAAGACAAUGGCGAUGAUGAUGGAGAAAGUAGAGGAGCUAGAGGAAAUAAACAAGGAACUGCUGGCUUUGUCGAUCCUGAUGUAUGCCCACCACCACCCGCAGAAGGCUAUAGGUCACAGGUUUCUACAAAUACUGGACCAAAAGGUGUGGUACAGGAUUGGCAGCGUUUCAAACAAUUGCAGGCUGAAAAACGCGAAGAGUCUGAACGUCAACGUAUAGAACUAGCUAAAAAGUUGACAAUGACAGCAGCGACUGCAAAAGAAGAGGAAGAACGCAAACGACAAGAAGAAAUCGAUGCUGAACUGGACGAACUUAUGAGUGAAGAUUUCUUACAACAAUAUCAAAAGCAACGCAUGGCUGAAAUGCUACGCCAAUGUGGACAUAUUAAACAAUUUGGCAAAGUUAUAAGUUUAACUACGCAUGGAGAAUUUUUAGACUUCAUUGAAAAGGAAAACAAACACACCACCGUCAUUAUACAUAUUUAUGAUAAGAACAUAAGUGCAUGUUCAACACUAAAUCGCUGCCUUGAUACACUUGCAACAGAUUAUCCGUCCAUUAAAUUUGGGAAGAUAUGUAGUUCUGUUGCGGGCAUGAGUCGGGACUUUCGUGACAAAGGAUUACCUGCAUUGUUGGUGUAUAAAGCACAAGCUUUGAUAGGAAACUUCGUGCGUGUAACGGAUGAUUUAUCGGAUGAUUUCUUUCCUUCGGAUGUGGAAAGCUUUCUAAUAGAGAAUGGUAUAGUCGUGGACAAAACUUUGUAUAAUUAAGGCAUAUUUAUAUUUGUAUUUAACAAACAACAGAGAGAGUCUAUGCAUUUUUCAAGUAAAAUAAUUAUAUCUUUAGCAUAUAAGUAUGAAUUAUAUUAAUGUUUGUUUUUAAACAAAACAUAUUUAUGUGGUAAAAAGCUAAUAUUCUUUUAUUGAUUGGCGGAAAACUCAGAUUUUAAUAACUAACUUUAACCUGAAAUGUGUUCCUUGCAAAUUUGUACAAACACUAGGGUAUGGUUAAAAAAUUUGGAUUAAAAACAAAUAAGGGAAAUGGCAAAGUACUCACAUGAAGCCUGUUAUUAUUUAAAUCUAACACAACUAAGCUUAAGGACUACUAUGCACUAAUUACUUAAGAUAUAUGUGUGUGUGUAAUAUAUUUUUAAGUACAUACAUACAUACAUAUAACAUGAUUUCUAUAAAAUCUCCAUUGAUGACAAGUAUUUUGUAAAAGUGUAUUAAUAAAUGUAAAGAAAAAGAUUAAA